CGCUCGUGGUCCUGCGCCUUCGCUGCACGCCGGGCGGGUCGGGGCGGCAUGGCGGGCGGCAUGGAGCCGGUGCCCCGCGAGGAGAAGCCUAACCCGCUGCAGGAUGCCAACCUCUGCUCCCGGCUCUUUUUCUGAAGUUCAGUUUUGCCAUUGUGAGGAACCACCCUCCCAUUUGUUGCCAGCGGUACAAAAUAAAAGCCGACAUGAUUGCCUGGUGCAAACAGGAUCAAACUCAUGGGAGAAAAAAAGUCAUGUUUUCACUGAGUUAUAAAUCUCAGGUGGUUGAAUCCCUUAUUUAUUAUCGGCCAUAAACGGAAGCUUGAAGAAGAUGAUAUGUAUAAAGUGAUGCCAGAAGAUUCCUCAGAGAAGCUUGGAGAGGAAUUGCAGUGGUACUGGGAUAAAGAGGUGCAAAAAGCAAAAAAGAGAGGGAAAACACCACAUUUAACAAAAGCCAUUAUUCUGUGUUACUGGAAAUCCUAUUUAGUUUUUGGAAUUUUCACAAUGAUUGAGGAAACCCUCAAAAUAAUUCAACCAAUUUUUUUGGGAAAAAUUAUUAAUUAUUUUGAAGAAUAUGAUGCCUCAGAUGAGGUAGCUUUGAAUUUUGCAUAUUGCUACGCAGGUGCUCUGUCUGUGUGCACCCUUAUUCUGGCUAUCAUGCACCACUUAUACUUCUACCAUGUGCAGAGGGCUGGCAUGAAGCUGAGGGUGGCCAUGUGUCACAUGAUUUAUCGGAAGGCUCUUCGUCUCAGUAACGUAGCUAUGGCGAAAACUACCACUGGUCAGAUAGUAAACCUGCUGUCAAACGAUGUGAACAAAUUUGAUCAAGUAACAAUUUUCUUGCACUUCUUGUGGGCUGGACCGCUUCAAGCUGUAGCAGUAACAGUACUUCUCUGGAUGGAAAUAGGCCCAUCAUGUCUUGCAGGAAUGGCAGUUCUGAUUAUUCUUCUUCCUGUGCAGACCUGCAUUGGGAGGCUUUUUUCUUCCCUCAGAAGCAAGACAGCUGCCUUAACAGAUGUCAGGAUUAGGACCAUGAAUGAAGUGAUAAGCGGCAUGAAGAUAAUAAAGAUGUACGCUUGGGAAAAAUCAUUUGCAGAACUUGUGAAUGGUUUAAGAAGGAAGGAGAUUGCCAUGGUUAUGAAAAGCUCUUACCUUCGAGGACUGAACUUAGCCUCGUUCUUUGUGGCAAGCAAAAUUACAGUGUUCAUGACUUUCAUGGCUUAUGUACUGCUUGGGAAUGCCAUCUCUGCGAGCAGGGUGUUUGUGGCAGUGUCCCUCUAUGGAGCAGUGAGACUCACAGUGACCCUGUUCUUCCCUUCGGCCGUGGAGAGAGUGUCCGAGUCGGUGAUCAGCAUCCGGCGGAUCAAGAACUUUCUGAUGCUUGAUGAGGUCUCACACUUCAAGCCACAACUGCAUGGCAGUAAUGAAAAUAUCAUUCUUCAUGUUCAGGAUUUGACUUGCUCUUGGGAUAAGAGUUUAGAAACCCCAACACUUCAGCAGAUAUCCUUUACUGUCAGACGAGGGGAGUUGCUGGCUGUGAUUGGUCCUGUAGGAGCUGGAAAAUCUUCUCUCUUAAGUGCCAUACUUGGUGAGCUGCCUAAAGACAAGGGUUCGAUAAAUGUUACUGGAAGAAUUGCCUAUGUUUCACAGCAGCCUUGGGUGUUUUCUGGCACUGUAAGAAGUAAUAUACUGUUUGACAAGGAAUAUGAGAAAGAAAAAUACGAAAAUGUUUUAAAAGUCUGUGCUCUUAAAAAGGACUUGGAAUUACUGGCGAAUGGUGACCUAACAGUGAUAGGAGAUCGUGGAGCUACUCUGAGUGGGGGGCAGAAGGCCCGUGUAAAUCUGGCCAGAGCCGUGUAUCAAGAUGCAGACAUCUAUCUUUUGGAUGAUCCACUGAGUGCAGUAGAUGCUGAAGUUGGAAGACAUUUGUUUGAAAAAUGUAUUUGUCAGGCCUUAAAUCAGAAGAUUUCUGUUUUGGUCACUCACCAGUUGCAAUAUCUCCGUGCUGCACAUCAGAUUCUAAUUUUAAAGGAUGGUAAAAUGGUGGGGAAAGGUACCUAUGCAGAGUUCCUGAGAUCUGGCAUCGACUUUGCUUCCCUUUUGAAAAAAGAUGAGGAGGUGGUAGAACAGCUGUCAGUUCCAGGAACCCCCAACCUGAAGUCUGCCCGGAACCGAACCUUCUCGGAGUCCUCUGCCUUGUCCCAGGAUUCGUCCGUCCACUCGCAGAAAGAUGGAGCCAUGGAACAGCCACCUGGUGAAAAUGCCCUGGCUGCAGUGCCAGAGGAGAGUCGCCAUGAGGGAAAAAUAAACUUUAAAGUUUACAGAAAAUACUUCACUGCAGGAGCAAACUACUUUGUGAUUUUUAUACUCUUAUUAUUGAAUAUUUUGGCACAGGUGGCCUAUGUGCUCCAGGACUGGUGGCUUUCUUUCUGGGCAAAUCAUCAAGAAAAGUUGAAUCUCACAACAAACGGAAAUAAUGGAACAAAUGAGCCUGAUCAUCUGGACCUUAACUUUUAUUUGGGAAUUUAUGCAGGUUUAACAGUGGUUACAAUACUAUUUGGCAUAAUGAGGAGUCUUCUGGUGUUUCAAGUUCUUGUCAGUUCUGGUCAGAAUUUGCACAACAAAAUGUUUCAAUCCAUUUUGAAAGCCCCUGUCUUGUUUUUUGACAGAAACCCUAUAGGAAGAAUCUUAAAUCGUUUCUCCAAAGAUAUUGGCCACUUGGAUGACUUGCUUCCUUUGACGUUCUUGGACUUCGUGCAGACUCUCCUCCAGAUUUGUGGUGUGGUGGCUGUGGCUGUGGCAGUGAUUCCUUGGAUGCUCAUCCCCUUAAUUCCACUAUUUAUUCUUUUCAUUUUUCUUCGACGAUAUUUCUUAGACACUUCAAGAGAUAUUAAACGCCUGGAAUCCACAACUCGAAGUCCAGUGUUCUCCCACUUGUCGUCAUCCCUCCAGGGGCUUUGGACUAUUCGGGCUUUGAAAGCUGAGGAAAGAUUUCAAAAAUUAUUUGAUGCACACCAAGACCUCCACUCAGAGGCCUGGUUUCUCUUCUUGACAACCUCAAGGUGGUUUGCUGUGCGUCUGGAUGCCAUCUGUGCCAUUUUUGUUGUAGUGGUUGCUUUUGGUUCCCUGCUUCUCUCCAACACUCUGAAUGCGGGGCAGGUUGGUUUGGCGCUCUCCUAUGCAAUCACCCUCAUGGGAACCUUCCAGUGGGGUGUUAGACAAAGUGCUGAAGUUGAAAACCUGAUGAUAUCAGUAGAAAGAGUGAUGGAGUACACAGAACUUGAAAAAGAAGCUCCUUGGGAGACCAACAAACAUCCACCCCCAGAAUGGCCUAACCAAGGAAUGAUAGCAUUUGAGAAUGUUAACUUCACUUACAGUCUAGAUGGACCAUUGGUUUUAAGACAUUUGUCUGUUGUAAUUAAACCAAAGGAAAAGGUUGGAAUAGUGGGAAGAACCGGAGCUGGGAAAAGCUCUCUGAUAGCAGCCCUCUUUCGCUUGGCAGAACCUGAAGGAAGGAUUUGGAUUGACAAGUACUUGACAUCAGAGCUCGGACUCCAUGACUUGCGGAAGAAAAUUUCAAUUAUACCUCAAGAGCCUGUUUUAUUCACUGGAACUAUGAGGAAAAACUUAGAUCCUUUCAAUGAAUACACUGAUGAAGAGCUGUGGAACGCCUUGGAAGAGGUGCAACUGAAGGAGGUUGUGGAAGACCUACCCAACAAAAUGGAGACACAGCUGGCAGAAUCUGGAUCUAAUUUUAGUGUUGGUCAGAGACAGCUGGUGUGUCUUGCCAGAGCAGUUCUAAAAAAAAAUCGUAUUCUUAUCAUUGAUGAAGCAACAGCAAAUGUGGAUCCAAGAACAGAUGAGUUCAUUCAAAAGACGAUCCGUGAGACCUUUGCUCACUGCACAGUGCUGACCAUUGCACACCGCUUGAACACCAUUAUUGACAGUGAUAGGAUUAUGGUUUUAGAUGCGGGAAGACUGAAAGAAUACGGCGAGCCUUACAUUUUGCUGCAAGAACAAGACAGCUUGUUUUACAAAAUGGUGCAACAAGUGGGCAAGACCGAAGCGGCUUCUCUGAUUGAAACAGCAAAACGGGUAUACUUCAGUAAGAAUUACCCGGAAGUUGUUCAGAAUGGUCAGCUUGCCAUAGACUCCUCCUUGGAUCCUUCCUCAGGAUUAUGCAUAACUGAAACUGCACUGUGAUUCCUCAUUGCCUUAACUGUUCUCUGCAGAAUGUAAACCUGAGAUCAUCUAAACUCGGCGGCGAUAUUUGCAAGUGUCAGCGGGAGAGGAAAGGGAGGGGGGCAAUUCUUUGCACUGGACAUCCUUCCUAUUUAAUACUGAGAAGAAAAUUUAUAUUGUCCCUGUUUCUUUCAUUUCAGUGCAAUAUGUUUUUCUUUCCAGCUGAUUAUGUUUGUAUUGCUAAGGAAAUUAGGCAGAUUCCGUUUUUAUUUGAAAGUUAUCUGGUAGAGAUCUCUUUUAUUUAAACAGGUGCAGGACACCUAACAGGUCUAGUAUGCAUAUUUGGAGCUUAGUAAAAUAAUUGGAAUGUGUCCUUCUUUUCCCUUUUAGAAUUAUUUUGAGAGCAAGCAAAACCAAAUUUUUUUCAGUGUCUCUUUGGUAUGACAGCUCUGUCUGAACAGCAGAUUUGGUAGUGUGCAACUCACUUGUCUAGAGGAACUGUCUUUCUACCUGUCACAAGUACCUAUGCAGGCUGGUAGGAAAAAAACUUGAAGAAGUCAAAAACACUUUUUCAUUUUGAUAGAAAAGUACUAUAUACUUUUUUUUAAUAAACAGUUCAAAUAAUGGUGUUCAAGAUGAAUGUAAAUAUUAGUUUUAUUUUCCUAAAAUUCAAAUGCUGAAAAAUCAGUCUCGAUCUUCUGUACUUCAGAAGAAAAUUACCACUUUGCACUGAAGAAAUAUUUAAAUAAUUUAACAUACAUUCCUCUUUUUACCCAGGUUAUCAAAGAAAAAAAGGUAUUAAAAUAACUUGAGGAAAUGUUUGAAUGACAUGUCAUUAUACCUAAAUUCUGUGUAGUACAAAGUUAUCUUCAACACAGCACAUUGAAAUGUAUACAUUAUUUGCAUUUAUUGUGCCUUAAUAUUUGUGCCUUCAAGCCAAAGCUGUAACUGCAGGGUACACAACAAAUUCAUUAGAUAUAUGUUGAAAAUAUAACUUUAGUUUUGCAUCAGGGAUUCUGUUGAACUUCAGCUGUAUGAAGUUACCAUCCUGCCAGUUACCAUCCUGCCAAGUAGGAAAAUACAACCUGUAGUUUCAAAUGGCAGUUGCUGAUAGAGAGGAAUGCAGUGAGGGAGGGGUUCAAUAUUUAUAAGUUUUGUCCUGAUUCAGCAAAGCACUUCAACACAAAGGCACUAUUCCCAUGUUUGAAAAAUAAACCAAGCAAGGGCUGUGCUGCUGCAGAUUUUUUCAAAUCUGAAAAAAAUUUCAGCUAUUCUUUGAGGUCCGGUAGAAAAUGUAUCUAUUCAUCUUGCUGUUUAAAGGCCACAGGAGAGACUAAAAGGCAACAGGUUUCUUCAGGAAAUGGAAAAUACUGUGCUUUUUUAAAAAUACUGAAGAUGCUUGCUAUUACCUUUGCAAUGCCGAACAAGUGUUAUUUACCCAGUGUUCAUCCAGUGGUCUAAAAGUAAGGCAAACACAAAUGUUUCUCAUUUCAAGCAGUUCUACCAGAUUGCAAUUUAGUCAAAGUUACUUCUUACUGAGAAGUGAAUUGAGGCCAAAGCCUGUGCCUCAGCACAGCCUCUCAUCUUGGCAUCUUCCUGCUCGGGGCCAGCCUGAUGGUGAGAGGCAGAGUCCCUGUUCCCUGUUACAGCAUCCUCCCUGCACUGGGGCUUGCUGUCCUGCUGUGAGAUCCCAUGAGACAGGGGAUUGUGUCUGCAGUGCCACCAGCCAGCUUUCUGAGGGACAGGGGCUUUUGGAGCUUGUGGAACAAACAUCAGGCAUCUGUGCUUGCUGGUAACAUCCUCUUAACGUGCUUAAAAAUCAUUAGGGGGGAGUUACAAAAUGAGAUGCUUUUGCCCCUAGCCUUUUUUGUCAAGUCCUGACACUUCUCCUGCAGUGUGUAGCACCUUACACUGUAACAAGUUCCACUGAGAUCAGUGGAACUGAACUUCACACAGUGAUGUGCAGCAGGAGGCUUGUGCUACAUCUGAUGAUGAAAUACCAGCCAGCCAUGGGCAGACACUGGUCACCAAGCCACGUGGCACAGAGGUGCUCAUGUGUGCAGUGCUUAGGGCAGAUCCUUCUGGGAACACACCAGCCACAUCCACUUUCUGUAUUGCUUGGCCCUUCUCUGAGCUGCUGCAGUCCACUUACACAGUGUACUAGCACACAGUUAUCAUCCUGUGUGUUCUGUGGCUGUUUUCUUUUUCAUUAAAGUUGUCUGAAGUAAGGAUAGGGUUGUUCUGCAGCUGAGUGAGAGUGGCUGCAUUGCAGAGGUAUGUGAAGGUGUAAAGUUUCAAUGUGUAAAGUCAUGUUAAAUAAUUCUAGGGGACUGUGUAGCGUAAAGAAAGUUCAACCUCAUGGCCUUGUCCACAGCUGCCUUUUUGACAAGGAUCCAUGGAUCCAUGUCCAAACUCUGCUCAAGCUUUGCUGUGGAAAACCUCAUUGGAGUGGUGCAAAAGACAGCUAUGGUGAGCUGACCAGGAAGGCAGUGCACUUCAUCGAGUUUGGAGUUUGAGCUCCUGUGUUUAUCUUCUUUUUUGAGAAGUGUGAAUAUAUUCAGAGUCUGUGUUCUACAAUAUGGAAUUCUUAUUAUUUUUAAACAGUUCUUAUAGAAGAAGAAAUGUGAUGUAUAAUACAGAGGCUUUUAAAUACUGUAAGAGAAUAGUAAGUUCUCCUGGCCAUACAUACCUUAGUUUAUAUUUUUUUAUCAGACCCAAGGAGAUCUGCACGCGUAAACCAAGGGUAUAAUUACAGUUUUAGUUCAUUUCAGCUCUGAAAUGAAUCUAUGGUAAGUUAUAUUUAAGAGCAGAACUCCAAAACGCUGGCUGCUGCAGACUCACUCGGAUGAGACCCUGACUGAUCUAGCUAUCAGUCUAUAAGCUAGAAUUAAUUUGAUCCUGUAGCUUUUUGAAUGUGCACAAAAAUGUUAGUUAUCUCUGAAAAUGCUGAUUCUGCUUCUCUACAUGUUUUGGCAGGACACUACUUGCUGUAGGUAUCAAAUAUCAAUAUAAGACAAAACAAAUUUCUUACAAAAUCACACUUGAAACCCAUAAAUUGCUGAGUAGAACAACUGAUAGCAAGUCAUUCAUGUCUGUCAUUGGCAUUAUUUCAUCUUUUUGGUUUAAAGCAAGAAAAAUAUUUUAUUCAGGAAACUGGUUUUGCAGGUAUUGUUGAUAGCUGUUUUUUUCAGAUGUUAAUUAAGACCGACUGACCCAUUUCAUUUUAGCUUGGUAAAAAAGAUGCAGUGUACCUGAAUGGCAGAACUCAAAUCAGGGAAAGAAAAAGGCCUUCAUGUUGAGAAAGUCUUGGUCUGUUAAAUGAAUACAUUAUCUUUCCAACAAGGUAUUUUAUGUUUCCUUACAAAGAAAAAUUUAAAUAGUUUUCAGCUUCCAUUUUGAAAAAUGCUGUGCUUUAUUUGAAAACAGCAGAGCAGGUUACUCUACGUUGCAUACCUUUCUGGGGAUCUUGGAAAAAGAACUCAGUCUCUUGAGUUAUUCAAGCCUUUAAAAUAUUUCUUUGCCAUGAGGUGCCUUAAAGUAUUCUGGAGUCUUAUUUCUAAUAAAUAUAAUUUUAUACAGUAAUUCUGAAAAUCAUGGGUUACAAAACUCUUGUUUCUUAGGUGUAAAAAUUUAGGAACAGCCUCUACUUCUGAUCCAGAGAAUUGUUUUUCUCCUAUUUGUUUUGGUAUGUCUUUGCUCCACCCCUUCUCCAAAGACCACUGUGAGCCGACAGAGCAUGUUGGCAUUUCCAAAGCCACAGUUUGCCAGGAGAGACUAUUUCAUGUUUUACGUAUUUGUUUGUUUUAAGGACAAAAAUUCUCUUUAGUAAACUGCACCGUUUGCCAGAUGGGCAUAAUCAUCUGUGUGACCAUUUGUACUGCCCUUCGGAAGAGGGAGGACUUUCUGACCAGCCUCAGAAUUGCUGUUUGCUUAAGUAAUGUUGAUGGUUUCUUUUAGCCUUCCCAAUACAUGUGGCAAAUAAGAUUGCAAAAAGAAUCAGCAGAAAUGCUGCUUUUUUUUUUGUUGUUUAACGGACCCUUUGAAAUAUCUCACUUCAAAAUUUGCCCCUUUUUUUUUUUUUUUUUUUUUUUUUUUUUUUUUGGAGGGGGAAAGAAAGAAUUGAAAUCACUUCUUCCUUGUGAUGGUGAUGACCAUGACAAUUUUGCAGAAGAUGUGGCUUUCUGUGUAUGUUUUACACUGUGUAACAGCGCGCUGCUUUUUCAUCAUUUUAACUCUGGUUUUGUUUUGGUUUGGUUCUUGCAUUUGUUGUAAUAAUUUGAUUUUGGCAUUACUAUGGAAUGAUUUCUUUUGUGGACGUUCACGUGACACCUGCUGUCGUUCAAUAAAAGGCAUUUCUCAGAA